GCGAGGUGGUCCUCUGGGGAGUCAUCCUGGCUUGUUUUCUUGUUCUCCUUCAGAAUGAUCACUUUCAUUAUACACAGAUUCCUCCCAAGCUCUUUUGUGUGGGUCACUUUUUACUCAGAAGGCAUUUCUAUUUGGUAAUAUUGGGGGCGAGUGGGAGUAGGUUAUACUUCGGGCCUCAUGCUAAUUUAUUUUCCCCAGCUGAGUUUGUCAGCUAUGUUAGGCGGCAGGGAAACAGGAAGUGAGACCAGGACCUCACCCUCAAGGCCCACCAGGGAAUCUUAGACACACGAGUGACCUCAUCCAUCUCCAGAUCGCCCGCGCUUAAUCUAUUUCCUCAUGUAAGGGCCAAGUUUCUGUUAUGCACUGAGCACUUCCAUUGGUUAAACUGUUGUCUGACCAGUGUCUUCCAGGUCAGGGGAAAAGCUUCUAAGGGAAAGGAGCUGAUAUUUACAGAGCACUUAUUAUAUCAGGCACAGUGCAAGGUGCUUUCAGAAGUUCUUGCUUAUUUCUCAACAGUAUUGUGAGGCCAGGUACCUUUUUUUCUCCACGUGGUCCACGAGGAAGCUAAAAGCUAAGGCUCUGAGAAGUCAGGUGUCAGUGUGGCCUGUCUGUGGUGGAGCUGGAUUUGGAGCCCAGACCUGAUGGACUCCAAAGCUCGCAUUGCUGCUAUAUGCACACACACACACACACACGCACAUGCACACAUGCACGCACCUCUGUUCUAGCUUUGUACUGGCUAAUUUCAUAAAACAGCAUCUUGUAUGAGUAGGAUGAUGUGAGGAUUUUUUAAUUCGCUCUGUUUUAUAAGGUAAGCAAUCACCUCUCACCACGACGUUAGCUAGCUUGGUGGAAAGCCUCUGACACCUGCUCCCUCCCUUCCAUAACUCCCUGCCCACCCGCUUCCUACAUGCCAGGGGGGUUUUGUCACCAUGUGACCUUGGUGAAUAAGAUCUAAUCAUUCAGAACAGAGCCAUGUGCCCAAAUGUCAGAUGGGGCUGCGAGAAACACUAUGGCCCAUUUCAGGGUUCAGGCCUCCCUGAAGGAGGUUUGAGCCUUUAGAGCAAAGCCCUCUGGUCAUGAAGCCAUUUGUCCUUGAGAACAGAAUGUGUUUUGUGAGUGCAGAAACAAUGGGCAUGUUGAGUUUCAGACCUGGGGUGAAUGAAGCUCAGGCAGAGGCACAUACAAUGAAUUGGGACAGUUCAAGGGAUGCUUUCUUCACAGGCAGGCUCUGCUGUCAGCAAGUCCCUGCCGUGGGAAUGAUACUUUGUCAGUGGUCAUUAAUGCCUCUGUUUUGAAUAAUUUCCCCAAGUAAGUCAUCAGGUUUUCUUGAAGUUUUUUUUUUUUCUUUGAGUUUUAAUUUGUGUAAUUUAUUUUGUCCAAAAUUACCCUGUGAGAAAUGGAUGAAAAAUAAAUUUGGGGAGCAAAGUUUUAUUACUUGUCAUAGCACCGCUGUCCUUUUAAAUUCUCACUUACCUCUGAAGCAAAUACUCUGAGGUCUUUGCUAGUAGUAAUUUGAUUCCCAGGCGGUGAAAUUGGGUGUUGCUACUCACCCUUAAGCAAAGCUUUUGAAGAAAGUUUUUCAAAACUUAGCUCACCUAGUACCAAAACGGGAGGCAGAGAGUCCUAAUAUAAACUUGAAAAAAUGUAGCCAUUCCGUUAAUAUGUUUCCCUGGUGGUCACAUCUUGAUCUGCCUGGAUUCCCUGUACGACUUUUUCUAAUAAGAUAGAAUGGGUCAGGAGCCCGGAACCGCAGGGUGCCCUGGGGUGGUGCAGGAACUCGCAUCGGCCCCUCUGCCCUGCUGCCUAGUGAUAAGGGUGACCACAGCAGCUUCUGAGAGCGCGGUCAUGGGGACCUUGAAACAAACAGGCAAAGGCGCUGAGGACGGCGGCGUGUGGGCGGGGGCCCAGGAUUCUCAGGGGCAAGGUGAGGCUGCAGCGCGCCACCCGGACAUGGCAGCAUGACAGCCCCGGACAGCGCUGCCCGACGCCCGGAGAAAGGAGCCCCCGAGCAGCGGCCACUGCCUGCCCAGGCUGCCUGAGCCUCCUUCGCACGUCUUCCCCGCCGCUCGCCGGGCUCGCCUUUACCGUUAACCCCGUGGACUCCUAACUCCUUCCGCCUGAAACAUCAAUAUGUGUCAUGUCAUUGUCACCUGUCGCUCGAUGCUCUGGACCCUCCUGAGUAUUGUGGUGGCUUUUGCCGAACUCAUCGCCUUCAUGAGCGCAGACUGGCUGAUUGGAAAAGCCAAGACCCGCAGCAGCGCUGAGCCCGGAGAGCAGGGUGGGGGCUCCCCGGAGCCCUAUCACCCCACGCUGGGCAUCUAUGCCCGCUGCAUCCGGAACCCCGGCGUGCAGCACUUCCAGCGGGAGACGCUGUGCGGGCCCUACGCCGAGACCUUCGGGGAGAUUGCCAGUGGCUUCUGGCAGGCCACCGCUAUUUUCUUAGCCAUGGGCAUCUUCAUUCUCUGCAUGGUGGCCCUGGUGUCCGUCUUCACCAUGUGCGUGCAGAGCAUCAUGAAGAAAAGUAUUUUCAACGUCUGCGGGCUGCUGCAAGGAAUUGCAGGCCUGUUCCUCAUCCUCGGCCUGAUCCUCUACCCCGCUGGCUGGGGCUGCCAGAAGGCCAUAGGCUACUGCGGACACUAUGCAUCGGCCUACAAACCUGGAGACUGCUCCCUGGGCUGGGCCUUCUACACCGCCAUCGGGGGCACCGUGCUCACCUUCGUCUGUGCCGUCUUCUCCGCACAGGCAGAAAUUGCCACCUCCAGCGACAAAGUACAAGAAGAAAUCGAAGAGGGGAAAAACCUCAUCUGCCUCCUUUAGUGUGGGCGAGACACUAAUGCUGUUUGCUUGCUCGUGUGACCUUGUGAAACAGUUCACGUCUGGUUUCCUCGUUUGAGUCAAGUGAAGAAGAACUAGCCUUUACCUACCAAAGCCACAUUCCACAGCCCUGCGCCUUAACAGGACCCACGACAGGCAGCAUCCAGCUGAGCAGAGGACGGCACGCGAGGGCCACAGUGCAAAUUCCAAGAGAGGGCGGAUGAAAAGGACAUAAACCCUGACCCAUCGUCAAGUCCUGCCGGACUCCGUCUUGCCCGCGGCUCAGUGAAGGAUGAUGAUCUAAACCAUUGCAGCCGCAGUUUCUCUGGGAACAGAAGAGACUAUGAGCCAGAUUCGCAGGCUGUUUAGAGCGGUGUUUCCGCACAGGUUGGGAGCAUCUGUGCCUCAGUGUGAGGUUUGGGGGCUGGUGUUUCUGUUUCCUCCUGGUCCUUUCCAACCGUCUCAGGCGGAGGCUGCAAGGAAGAGCACACCCUGACGGGGGCGAGGCUGUGGGCACAGCACGACACUGUCUCUUGCUGAGCUGGCCAAACAGGUCUGCAGCGACAGUGUGGAGUUCUGUGGUGGGACCUACCCUGGGCGGAAUUCCAGAGUUAGGUGGCUCCACUGAGCUGUCCCUCCAAGAUUUUAGGAAGUUGAGCAAAGAAAGAAUAAGGACCUGUCUGAUCAUGAGAAUCAAAGCCCCACAUCCUGCCAGUGAAGGCAAGUUGGUUCCCCUUCCUGGCGGCCAGGCCCGGGCUCCUCUUCCCCCUGAGAUCACAUGGUUUUCUUCUACGGUUAGGACUGUGCUUUGGCUGCCAAAGGAAACCUCACUCUGCUUCCUCGUUGCAGGGACAGAGGUCCCCAGGCCAGCUGUGGCUCCUUCCCAGGUUGACUGGGCACGCCGGCCAGAGUGGCAGCCUCUGCCCGGAGACCUUUUCCCACUGUGGUGACUGUGCUGGGGUCAGCGCUCUUCUACCCCCAGCGGCGGCAGAACAAGUGACAUUCUGUGCAGAAAAAGGGAGCUGGUCAUGAGGUUAGGUUUUUCUAGUUACGAGUGUUGAUCCUGCCAGCAAACUGUGUAAUGAUACCAUUGAAUUGCUCUAACGGGUGAGUUACAUCAAAGGCUGCAUUCUCAGGAAAGCACAGAGUAGAAAGCUCACGCACAAAUGAGAGCUAGACCAGCUCAGAGCACCCGCCUGCACCUGUUUACAAAACAGAGCGGAACGCCACUAUUAAAAUGGAUUCAGGGGCCUUUAGUCUAAUUUCUAUGCAUUACCCAUAUAAUUGAUUCAGGAAAAUGGUAUUAGCCGUCACUUCAGAUUUACGUUGGACUGAUCCAAGUGACCAAAAACAACCUAGUUUGGCCUUAGCUGAGCUUCAUUCAGCAUUGCAGGAUAGAGAAAUCGCCCACUGCAACCGCAGCAGGUGGGGUGGACCUGCCAGAUUUCUGGAAGGAUUAGAAGUAUAGGUCUCUUUGGGCUUACGAAUCUGCUUACUUGAGGGCUUGCUUUGUUUUGAAAAUUCAACAGAUAAUUACAAACCUUGUUUGGGCAAAGUACUAGGUGCUAAGUGCCACCAGGCAUAGUACCCUGAUUCAGACUUUACAGCCCUGCCCUGAGUGAAUCAUCUUACAGCUCAGUGCGUUUAAAACCAGACCUUGCUACAGAACAGCUAAUUGCUUUAUAUGUUCAUGGAACGGAGCUACUCGAGUUUUACUCCAUUCUGGCCUCGGGCCCGUGCCAGAAACCAUUUUAUCUCGCAGAUUAAGGGGUGGGGGCGUGGAAUAAGGUCUUCAUGAGUUCACCAUCCUUAGACCAAAGUUCAGAAUAAGCCAGUCUAUGACUUUUUUUGAAAAGGGGUAACUUUGUAGCCCCUAUGGCAGCCUGCACUAAGGGCUCAGGAAACCCUGUACAGAAAUGAAUCACAGCAGCCACUGGACAGGGCUCCUGUCUGUCUGUGUAUUGAUACAUGCUAACCAAGGCCUGAUGCCAUGGAGUAGACUUUUUAACCCUUGGCAAUAAUUUUCAUUUAAAAAAAAAAAAGAAAAGCAAUUCCUGGUGUUCUCAUCGUGGCUCAACAGUUAAUGAACCCGACUAGCAUCCAUGAGGACGAGGGUUCGAUCCCUGGCCUCGCUCAGUGGGUUGAGGAUCCAGCAUUGCCGUGAGCUGUGGUGUGGGUCGCAGAUGCGGCUGGGAUCCCGCGUGGCUGUGGCUCUGGCCUAGGCUGGAGGGGAUAGCUCCAAUUCGACCCCAGCCUGGGAACCUCCAUCUGUCCUAGGAUGUGGGUGGGGCCCUCAAAAGGAAAAAAAAAAAAAAAACAAAGCAAAUUGCCUUCAUCAGGCAAUCUUGAUAAAAAACCCCAAUAUUGUCUUAAAUUUAUCAUGAGAUGAUUCACUCUACUUUUCCGUCUAAAUAAGAUCAAGAAUCCAUUUUCUAACAUUCCCUGGACACUUGCACUCUCCUCACAGGCAAGUCAGAGGCCUAGAGGAUCCUCUCGACAUGUCCGUUGUCUUUAUCCUUAUGUCAUUCUGAUAACGAAAGUCCUAAGUGAAAACGUGACCUCUCUUGGCCUGAAGAAAGUCACUCGACAGCAUUUAACUUCAUUAGUCUGAAUGCUACAGACCCGGGGUGGGGGUGGGGGGGAACACAUGCACACAAAACCCCAAACCUCUAAAAACUUCUUAAACACUGAUUUAUUGGGCAGAGCAGAAAUGGAAUUUCUCUAGCGGAGAAAGAGUAAAAGGUAAUGUCGGGCCUUUUAAACCUUUAGUCCAUCGAGCCCGGCUCGGCUGGGAUAAGUGGAAUGUCAGAAAUAUGCUGGUCUGGACAAAAACUUCAGGGCUGUUUAAAAACCACUGACGAGGAGGAAUGUGUUAGAAAGAAAUAGAUUAAAAGCCAUUAGGCUGCUUGUCAACCCACACCUAUUUUUCUAAUAAAUUUCUAUCAAUCAUGUCAUCGCCUCAGUCUAAAAAUCUACUAUACCUGGACCAUUACUACUACAUGAAAAAGUCUUAUUUAUUUUUACCUGCAUUUGCGCUAAAAGUUUGGCCAGGGGCUGGGCUUCUCCAAGACCUCCAUCCAAGAAGGCAGAGAUGUUUGGAUUCUGUGGAUUCUUUAAACCUGUGUGCUGAUUCAACAACGUUACAUUACUUGUGUAAGGGUUUGUGUGUAGUUAUCAAACAUCUGUGGUGUACGGAUCUUUGUGAAACAUGUAUUCUGUAAAGUGCCAUAGUCUUUUUUUAUGUGUAGCAUAUUUAAAAAAUAUCUAUGUAUAUUAUACAUACACAAGUCUGUGUGAAAGAUGUGCAAUAACAAAGGUGUAUGUAUGUUUUUUUGGAAACUGGACAGGAGUCGGAACAGAGAUUGGUUCUGUUUUGGCAAAGGAGAGUUUCAACCUUUUGCCUUCAUGGCCUAGUCAUUAACCCAUAACAAUUUUAAUGCUACACAAACCUAUGUGAAGACAAGACUGGUGUGGACUCCUUUUUUCCUGGGUCUAAAUUAAAAUAAUCACUAGAUUUAUGUGAACGUGAAGCCAGCACGCCAGGCCCAGUUAAUGCUAGUCUUUCAUGUGAAAUGUGAAGCUGCCACGUUGCCUCUUGCUGGUACAUAAUCACUAAGGAGCUAUUUGCUAACAUGCUUUGAUAGACCACAUUGAUGCUAGACCACUAUCUAAGGGCUAAUCUCCCCCCUCCUUAGCCAUAAGAGUCUGGCCUAGGACAGACCUCUCUGUGCAAUAACAUGUGGCCACUGGAAAUCCCUGGCCUGCAUUUGUAUGGGGGCAGCAGUGACUCCCGAGGGCCAAAAGAGUUAAAGGCACAACUGGGAUUUCUUCUGAGACUGUGGUGAGACUCCUUCCAAGGCUGGGGGGUCACGAGGUGCUCUGCUGGAACUCAGCACCAGUUGAUAGUCAACAGCCACUUGAGCCAAAUAGAAAAUGGUAUGACCGCUGAUGGACUCCAUUUGAGCCUUCAAAUUUGUGGUUAUCCUAUUAUAUUGUAAAUGAAUACAUUGUUUGUCUAGCAUUGAUUAGGUUCCUGUGCAUAUGUAUUUUCACCACAUGCUCCCCUUCCCCUUCCCAGAUACAAAUUAAACCUGAUUUUGCAAACACG